AUGACGACUGAAUUAACCGAUACCGUUUUUAACUGCAGUCCAAAUCUUAGCCACUGUGACAGUCUAAAUUCAAUCGAUCUUUCACCUAAUGCCUUGGCUGCUUUUGGUACUGAGCAUCCAGCUGAUAUUAACUAUCGCUUCGAAUUAGCUCGCCAUAUUGCUCGAACAUUCGAUGAUGCUGAUCAAAUUAUUCUCUUCGAUGACGUUGCCAUUCAAAUACUUGGCGCAGAUCCUCGCUGUUUUGCUGAUCUACGUGGUUACGAUCGUUCACUUCUUCCUGCUCUCUGGUUAUCAACGGGAUUUCGUUGUGGCGGUCGAAUACUUGUUUAUGCACCACCAAAUCCUAUUGAGUUGGGAAUGUACUUGAAACUGAAACAUCUGAUCGAACAACAUCUCAAAAGAAAUAUACCUAUUGAAAUACUCUACGAAGAUUCUGCUGGUCAUUUGCACGAAUUAAUCCGUUUGUUCGAAGAAAAUCCACAGGAAUACAUGAUCGUUUGUGAAAAAUUCGUCGAACGAUCUCCUGAUGAAUUCUAUCCGGAAUAUCAUGUUCGUAUGCUUAAGCGUCAUUUCGAAACAAUUAUGAAAGAUGUUCGUCGAUCGUUCGUUUUCCCUUACGAUAUGAAUAAAUGGCACCAAGAUGAAAUCGGAAGUUAUUCGGAUCGCUUGUACUUUCCUGACGUAUCGAAUAAUGACAAAGCUGAACAUCAUUUUUUUCUGCGAUCCAAUGGUUUCACAGCUUUACCACGCUUGAUAGCGGUUUCCAUCGAUGGAUCUUUAAUUGAAAACUAUCAAGAACUCAUGACAAAUAUGGAACAAGUCGAUCCCGUACAUGUAAAAAACACAUUUGAUAAUAUUGAGGUCUUUUCACGAGCAAUCAUUCAAGCCAUUGAUCAUUUGCAUAAUAAAUAUCAGUUAACAUCGUUCGUCAAAUUGGACUCUUUGGGCGCAGGUGGUUGGUCGUCGAUGGCACCCAGUGAGCACCCGAUUAUCUACGACAUUGAUAUAGCGAAAGAGCAACGCGUAUCAUAUUUACAUAACCAUCUCGACAGAAUAUUUGAAGAUGAACCUCUGUUAUCGCUCAUGGCUGUAGUGGAAGAGUUCAUCGAACCCCAAAAACGCUCGGAUGAUAUUGAUGCAGACUACACAGUCUGUGGUUUCGUUCUCAGUGGAAAAUUUUUCCCAACUUCUAUCAAUCUCUGUGGAACGAAAGGCGGAGUUUACAUCGAGCAGUGGACAUCGUCGUCACCCGCUGAUAUAGGCGAUUCAUCCGAGUUCUGGCAAGAGAUGUUUCAUACCUAUUCACGCAUGGUGGCCUUAGAAGCUACGGAAUUCGGUUAUAAGAAUGGCAUUUAUGCAGGCGAUUUGUUUGUUACGAAAGAUAAUCAACAUAAGCAACGCGACUGGAAUAUUCGACGUGGUGGGCGUUCAUCGCCGGAAUCCAUGACUAUCUUUGGAAUGGCAAAUUAUGAGACAAAACUGAUACUGCAUAUGAAUGAUUUUGGAGUUGAUGGAGAAAUGAAUAAACUAGAACUAUUUCUGUUGUAUACAAAUGUCUGCGAACGUUUAUCGCAAGAUUAUGGCAUGUAUACAUUUUCCUCUGCUUUCGGUUAUUGUUGCAAAGAUAGCGCGAAAGGUGAUACUCUCACAUUUAACAUACUUGUUCAUCCCAAAGUUCUGACACAUGGCGAUCAACAUGGUCAAAAACAAACGUUACCUAAACGUGAACAUCGUGCUAAAGUUCUUGAACUUAUUCGUGAUACCGUUACAAAGGUUCUUCAAAAGACACACAAAUAUUGUAUGAAGUAG